ACGUCAGCCCUCACGGACCGAGCUUGUUUUGGAGGAAGUGCACACAGCUCGGCUAGCAGCUAGCGCGUUAGCUUGACAGGAAAAGCCAGCGUCAACGGGAAUAGGGCGACAGACUAUUGUACCAAAUCGCGAAGAGAGCUAUACAUCGGUAGUGGCAGUGUUGAUUUUGAUAAGCAGGGGUAGCUGCGAGGCUAGCUGUCGGAGAUUAUUUAGCUGUCGACGCUCGAAACGAGUUGUUUUUUUACAGCAGAUAUUUAAAGGAGCUGUUAGCCUGUUAGCUAGCCUGAGCGUUAGCUAACGCUUCCAACCGAGGAGGAGGAAAAGUCCACUUUUGAUAUUUUUUACCGCAGGAUCAUCGCCCAGCUGUGGGACAAUGACGUCAAGGAAGAAAGUCCUACUCAAAGUCAUCAUCCUCGGAGACUCCGGAGUUGGCAAGACCUCAUUGAUGAACCAGUAUGUGAAUAAGAAGUUCAGUAACCAGUACAAAGCCACAAUAGGUGCUGAUUUCCUGACGAAAGAAGUCAUGGUGGAUGACAGACUUGUCACGAUGCAGAUUUGGGACACAGCAGGUCAGGAGAGGUUCCAGUCUUUAGGCGUAGCGUUCUACCGCGGAGCAGACUGCUGCGUCCUGGUGUUCGACGUGACGGCACCCAACACCUUCAAGACUCUAGACAGCUGGAGGGACGAGUUCUUGAUCCAGGCCAGCCCCCGAGACCCGGAGAAUUUCCCCUUCGUGGUCCUGGGCAACAAGAUUGAUUUGGAGAACAGACAGGUAACAACCAAGCGAGCACAGGCUUGGUGUCAGAGCAAGAACAACAUCCCAUAUUUCGAGACCAGCGCCAAGGAGGCAAUCAAUGUGGAGCAGGCCUUCCAGACUAUCGCACGCAACGCCCUUAAACAGGAGACUGAAGUGGAGUUGUACAACGAGUUCCCAGAACCGAUAAAGCUGGACCGGAACGAGCGAGCCAAGCCGUCAGCGGAGACCUGCAGCUGCUGAGGACGCUGAAGAUCUUACGGGGGGUCGUCACCGCUCGCACUACCCUGUCUUGCCUUGUCUAUAUAUCCCCUUUCCCAUGGUCCACUGUGUUAAUCCCUGAUGCCCAACAUACAAGCAGCAUCCCACUCAUAGAGUAUACUACUACACACAGACAUGCUGCACUCACCUCCUUAUAUAUACAAAAAAAACACAUUUUCUAUAAAAAUGAGUCUCCUAGCCCAAAGAAAACCUUAAGGAAACAUGAUGGAAUUUACUUGUAUGAUGCUUAUUACUUCCCAGUGUUUCCCCUCGUACUUUUUCAUGGCGGUGGUGGUUUGGGCUAAUCUCAUUUUCGGUUCCAUGUAAAUUGCUAGUUUCACACCCAGUUUUGGUUCUAACUGCUUUUAUUUGGAUACUUUGUGAUAAAUCGAAGCAUUAUCUCUAUACAUGUAUGUGUGAUUGAGUAAAGUUAGAAAACUAAUGUUUGUUCUUUUUUAAUCAUUAAGUUUCUUUAGCAGUGGUGGUUGUUUUCUUACUUUCACAGCCCGCCACUGCUGCAUGAAUAGAGGAAACACUGCGCCCCCAUUUUACUCAUUUGUGUUGUGGCUUAAAUUUGUUCCACUCGCCAAAAACACUUAAUGGUUUCACUUUACCUCGUGCAACCCCCCCAAAAAAACCUGAUACCUAAAUGGGUCAGAAAUGAAGGAUCAGAACGUGUGAAGUUGCAUGUGAGGAUCACAUGAAUAUGCUGCCUGCUGAUUCUUGCUAAUUGGCAACAUCCAGUUUGAUGACAAGUCUAUCAGACAGUGUGUACAGAUCUUUUUCUCCUUUUUUGGGCCCUUUUUUGUCACCUACAGUAAUGAAAGACUUGUUCAGACAUCUCAUUUUGGAGCCACAAUAAAUGCAAUUGUAGCUCAGGUUAAGGAGAUCUGAGAAUCCAGACUCAGCUCCUUGAUGUAAGUGCUGUCCCUAACAUGGUAUUUGCUGUUCCUCUGUUGGGGAAAAUAAGGUUCGUCUUGUAAUCACUUAUUCUUGGUACAAUAUUUUACAUGAGAAUGAACGAAAUCAAGACAGCGUGUCAUUCUACCUGGAAGUCCUGGGGAUAUUUUUUUUUCUCAAGUAUAAAUGUCAUUCAUAACUGAGUACUAUUAGCUAGUACAUUUCUUUUUACUGUCAAUUAUUGCAAGACUUUGUAUAUUUGCAAACCUCUCAGUCAUUGUGUGGGGAAGGCAAAAAGUUGUGCUGUAAAUCUCCAUAUCUGACUCUGCCAGUUGCUCGUGUUGGCAAACAGUGUAAGUGCUUGACUUUUCUUUUAACCGAUCAGAUCUGUCUGUUCGUAUUAUGUUUAAACUCUGAAAUGCAUUAUAGAUUACAAGAUAGCAUACAUACUGUAACUUUGAAAGAAGAAGAAAAAAUGUGGGGGAAGUAUUGGCAUUCAUCAUUAUUAUAUUAUUAAUAUGAUAAAUGCAUAGCAUCUACAUUGUUUCAAAAUGUCUUUGCGUUUCAAGUAAUAAGGGUAAUAAAGAUCUUGAAUAAA